UUUGCGAGGGUCUGGGCUGGGGAACUGCGCUGCUCAGUGGGGGUGGGAUGCGCCGGACGACGUCGCUGCAACAACACAUACCGUUUUUGCAUCCUCGGACACUGUCAGCAGCAACAGCAACACUAGACAGAGCUGAAGGGAUACCCGCCAAUUGACCCUGCGGUUUAACAGUGCCGAUACCGACAGCCCUCGACAGCCCUCGACAGCCUUCGACGGCGCUGGACAGCCCUCAACGAUGCUCGAUACCGCUCGAUACCGCUCGAUACCGCUCGAUACCGUCCAACAGCCGGCGCUUCCACCCCUCACAACAAACAACACCACUCCCCUUCGACAGUCAGCACCAACGGCCAGGACUGCCCUGUUGUCGCCUUCGUGCUGUGGUUCGGCGCCCGAAUCCACAGCCGCCCAAAGCCCAGCCGGCCUCACAUUGGUCUCCCGCCAUCCUGUCCGCAACGAGGACCCUUCUGAACCAACAAGCACGCCGACUCCCCUACCUCCUCCACCACUGGCAAGCAUCGAUCCAGGGCGCCCGCUCUGCUCCUCCGCCCGUACUGCCCGGGCUAUAAGGCCGGCGCCCGGCUUUGGCCCAGCUGGCCAAGGUCCUCCCACGCCGCCCUGCAACACUUGGUCCGGCACGGUCUCACGGCGCAUAGUACUCCGGUGCAGACUUGUCUCGCCAGCUGCCUCGAGUCAGCGAGAUCCAUCCACAGCCUUAUUUCCGCCACAGCCAACCAUCGACUGCUCUAACGCAGCCAUGAGCGACAGCCAUCCCGAUCGCGCCCAGUUACCCGCAGAAACUCUCGGGAGCCAACUCAACAGCCAGCUCGACGGCCAGCUCGACGGCCAGCUCGACGGCAGGUGGAAGUCCAUCGCUGUGCUCAAGACCGGCUUGACCCGCAAGGCCUCCACCCGGCUCGCAUCCCUCAUCAAGGGCUUCUCCCGGGCCGGUCGCCGUGAGUCGACAGUCACCCUCCGCAAGCAGCCCACGUUUUCCUGGUGUCUUGGAGAGCUGGAUUCGGACCCGGAAGACCAGAGCCCGUAUCCGACUGGCCGCCAGCGACGACAAAUCGACUCUGCCUUGGCCCAAGACGGGCAUCUUGUCCAAAGCCUGGACCGGACCCAAGACACCGAUCCCAACCGCUACUCCUCUACCACAACCCUGCACGACGACGAUGCUUCCGAGGUCGUCUAUCUCGACGACUUUUGCAACCCACACCCGUGCCCACCCGCCAACUGGUCGCCUUCGCGCCGGCCCUUCUCCUUUACGACGCAAUUCCGCCAUCUUCCUUGCCCGGGGUCACCCGCAACUCUCUCGCUUCCGAUCACGCCGGCGUCGCCCUUGAUCUCGUCCUCGAUCACAGCAUCGCCGUCCUUGGCUGCGGGAAACUUGGACCUGGAGUCAUCUGGCACAUCGACGUUGGGACGAAACGCGUCGCCUCCCUCAGGAUCAGCCACUAACGACCCACUUUACGACAACGAUUGUAACAACAGCAGCGACAGCCACGUCAGCAACGACAAUGGUAGCGACGACAGCGACGACAGCGAUCGCAAAAGCGACCGCCGCAACAGCUGCAGUAACGACAGCGCCCGGCCGACAUCCGAGUCCACCCUCGCAACAAUGGUGCACCGCCCCAUCUCGAGCGUCUCGAUCCUGUCGAGCGUCCGUCUGUCACAGCUAUCCGAACCGAUCUACGGUCGGGCGAGCCCCGAUAAAUCGUCAGCAAUCGGUCGAGCACAGUCGGAACCAGAGCCCAGGCCCGCACGUCCUGCCCUGGCUCCAUCUCCAGCCACCGUGACCCGGAGCGGCAGUCGGGCCUCUCGAAAGGGUCGUGGGCUCAUCCGCCGCAUGGCCCAUCUGGUUUCCUCGCAUAAAGGCCCUGCGACGCUUCGGCGCCAGCCCGGCCAUGUGCUGGAAUACACCCCUGCAUAUUCGGGCAAGAACGAGUUUGAGCGCAACCACUUGCCCGGCAAUUGGCACGGACGCAGGCCGUACGGCGCAUAUCCGGACACAUCGGCAAUCACGGCGAGCGCACCCGGCCAGGCCGGCAACAAAGCGAUGCAGGUAUCUCGGGCACCCCAGACAUCUCGGGCACCCCAGGCAUCUCACGCAUCUCAAGUACGCCAAGCCCCAAUGCAGCCCCAGGCACCGCCCCGGUUCGAGGCGGCGCUGGACAGCAGACUCAACCAGCUGUUCCUGGAUAUUUGUGGCCCCGAGUUGACGAUCGACGAUCUUGCAGCCAAGCACGGGUCCGGCUUCGGUGUCCCGGGAACUCGCGGAUGCCCCGCCCCAACUGGUCGGGAGGCUAUCCAACAGCCGCCGAUCUGAGGGUAGUGCUGUUUGCUGGGGAAUGGCAGCCCACGAAAGGCUGCUCGUUUGGUCCUGGCUUUGUCGCCUGGCCCGUGUUGGAUCUGAAUCUCCCCGCGGCCUGCCGCCUUGCACAACUGUAUUGCAUGACCAUCUUGCACACUUGCCCUUCCAUACUACUUGGCCCUUUCUGCAUUGCCCCCUUCUGCCUUGUCUUGCCUUGCCUUGCCUUGCCUUACCUUGCCGAUACCUGCGAUCUCGAAACUGAUAGCCUGCUUUUCUUGACCCACACGCAACUGCCCUGCCUUGCACGCCCACUCAUGUCACUCCCCCCCCCAUAUGCGCAUACAUUGUUUUACAGCCCGUCCCAAAUGGAACGGGCGGCACUCGCUCAUCGCCUCGAUUACCGAAAUACAUGCAUCAUCAUCAUCAUCA